AACGUGGAUGAGCACACUAAAACCCUUGGUCCGGUCGUGAACUACAAAAUACGCCAAAAAUCGGCUUUCACUCCAUCCACAACUGCUGCACGCGAUAUCCUAGCUCUUUUCACCGGGCCAAGAGAUUGGGAUGACACUUAUUACACAUACGGUUUCUUGUGGUUGCAGGAUAUCAUAGAGCGUUCGAUUAUAUCUGUUUUGGUUGAUGUUCCGAUUAUCGAACCAGGAGCAGGCAUGCAAGAAAUGGCUUUCCCUUGUUAUCGAUACGAUCGAUUUCUCAUCAACAUGCAAACUGUGAUUUUGAUUAUUCUCGCUCUUUCCUACUUAUUCACCAUUUCGUUUCUGGUGGAAAACAUUGUUUAUGAAAAGGAGCACGGCCUCACUGAAAUGAUGCGUUGCAUGGGAGCUGAUACGGGGAUGAUCUGGUUAUCCUGGGUCAUUACGACGUUACCUCAGGCAUGA